AUGCGCAUUGGAAACUAUGGAAAAAAACCGAACAGUGGCACAAGGGUGAACCAGGAAAUGGAGGGGAGGGGCAGUGCACGUAAUGCGUUUAGGGGAUGUGACGUCACAGAGCCUGUAGAUUGUGCGGUUAGCAACUCCGUUCAUCUCGCUGGGAAGCAACGGACCUACAUUAAUCCUACCUCAGACUUUCCAGAGAUUGUGAACACAGUCCUCAAGAACAUGGAGGCCGCCGAGGAUAGCCCAUCGGAAAUCCAAGGCCAGGUCCAAGAAACCUCAAUCACAUCGAAACCUAACAGUAGUACAGACAAGGUUCUAACCUCAACAGAGAGCAAGAGGCAACGGAAAGGGUACCUGCCAUCAGAGUCCGUGAAGAUUCUCCGCGACUGGCUCGAUGAGCACCGGUUUAAGGCCUAUCCUUCAGAGGCAGAGAAACGAAUGCUGUCAGAGCAAACUAAUUUAUCAUUUCUUCAGAUUUCAAACUGGUUCAUAAAUGCCCGCAGACGCGUUCUCCCGGAAAUGCUUCAACAGGAUGUAAACGACCCUAACCACCUUAAAGACAAGGCCGUCGAUGAAGCCCAACAGCAGAGCACUGAUCAUUUUGUGCAGGUCAAGUCAGGGGCCAAACUUCCAGACAAGGUACAAUGCUUGCCUGAGUCCCUGCUGCCAGUAGGCCAGGAGUCAGAAGAGAGGCUUACAGAUCCGGAGUUUGUCCCAAGGCAGAAGCUAAUCCUAAAUGCCCAGCCAAAGAAAAAGGUCAAGAUUUCCACUAGUGAGUCCUUUUCUUCUGAAUCUGUGUGGCCAGAGGAGUAGGAGGAUUUCAGCAGCUUCCGCUUGCUGGUAGAUGCAGCUGUACAAAAGGCAGCUGAAAUGGAGCUGCAGAAGAAGCAGGAGCUGGAUCCAUGA